AACCCGCCUCAGCUCCACCUCUUACUGUAGCUUGUUGUUAGCUUGACUGAAAGUUAGACAGCAAACACCAACAUGAACUGUUUGUGUGUGCUCAGCUGUAGUGACCUCUAUAAACUGACAUGGUGUCGUCCCCCCCCCCCUUCCUCUCUCUCUGUCAGGGGGAUGUCUAUCAGGAUGGAGAUGGAUGUCAGCGGGGGGUCUCGGGCUCAUGUCUCCAUCCUCCCUGCUGCCGAGAUCAAAGCCACCCUGAAACCAGAACCAGAGAGACCCCGCUGUGCCAGCACCCCCUGUUCCCCCAUCAGGGGCACCGUGUCCGGGUAUCACAUCCUGCACAUGGACUCCAACUACCUGGUGGGCUUCACCACAGGGGAGGAGCUGCUCAAACUGGCCCACAGAUGGUCGGAGGGGGGUCCUGAGAAGAGUCCAGUCUCGGAGUCAUUGUCCGGAACAGUGCAGACCCCCCUCCCCAAGUCCAUGGACCUGUCAGUCCACCGGUCCUCCCGAGUCUUUAAAGGAAAGACGCGAUACUACCAGCCGUAUGACAUACCGGCCUCUGGGGGACGCAGGAGGAGACGCAUGCCCAGCUCCUGUGAGACCUUCCUCAGACCCCCAGGCCAUGGAGAAACAGGGAGGGGUCUGCACGCCCCACUUCCCCUCUGCCUGCUGAAAGGGAAGAGGGCCCAGUCCAAGUCCCUGGACUACCUGAAUCUGGACAGACUGAGUCUGAAGGACUCGUCAGACACAGACGGGUUACAGCACCAGCUGCAGCACCUCACCCUGAGGGGGGAGCGAGUGUUUACCAGGAACAAGACUUGAAGCUGAUUUAGACACCUGCCCCCUCCCCCCGAGGGAUUAGGUGCUAUUUCCUGCUCCCUCUCUCUCUCUCUCUCACUCUCUCGCUCUCUCGCUCUCUCUCUCCUCAGAUAACAGCAGAGAUGAUCUGAUAAUCCUGUUAGAUUAUUAUUGAGUCGGGAGAGGGGUUAGAUAAUGUGAAUCAUUUAAAUUUAGCAAUAACAGGUGAACAUGUUAGUGUGUGUGUGUGUGUGUGUGUGUGUGUGUGUGUGUGUGUGUGUGUGUGUGUGUGUGUGUGUGUGUGUGUGUGAGUGUGUGUGUGUGUGUGUGAGUGUGAGUGUGAGUGUGUGUGUGUGUGUGUUUACAGAAGCACAUAUCACAGACUGAACCUGCUCUGAUCUCAUCACUGUCAGUUGAAUUAUAGAUGAACUGUUGGGUCAUACAACAGAGUGUUUAAACAUCUUAUUUCAAUGAAGAUCAUCUUCAUCAUCAUCAUCAUCAUCAUCACUGCUCUAUUUUAAGUCCAUCUGAACAUUCAGACUCUGUAAACAAGAGGAACAUUCUCUCAGCUCCAGUUGGAGAACCCGCCUCCUUUCUUGGUUCUCACUGGGAGAACUGGGAACUUUGUUCUUACCGUAACAUUUCUCCAGAGUGAGUCCUUUGUCAGACAGAAGGUUUCUUUGAACAGACAGCCUCCAUCUUUAAACCCUGUGUAACAGCUUUAGCCUUAAAAUGUUCCUGAACACAGUGGUGUGAAGCCAGGGUGAUGUCUGAAUCCACACGUCUGAUUUAAAACUCUGUUAUUGUGAGGACUCUGAGGAUUUCAGGUUUGACAACACCUGUUCACUGCGUCUAUACUGAUACUAAGGUCAUCUCUUUGCUCUUUAAAAUGCCAUGUUUCCGUGGUUCUUCUUCCCUGUUUGAAUAGUUAGUGUUUUAGGCAGAGAGAAGAGAGAGGGGCAGAAAGUUUCCCACAGACGGACUCAUUGGACUUUCUUUGUCUCUGCCCACAGCUGAAAGUUUGUGUUCGAUUUCACCCAGAAUCCACACUCUCUCCUCUCACACUUAAUUGCACAAGAAGUAUCACCUGACUUGGAUCAAUAUUGACCAAUGAAUAUAUCCAACUCUUCACAUAUACUCAUAUCUCUGUCUCCGUGUUGGUGGCCUUUGGGUCAUUUUCCUGUCUGUUUUUUUCUGAUGAGCGAGAAUCUUUGAGCUGGCAGACAUUUUGUUCAACAUUUUGUUAGAUUCAGAAUUAACACCUGUAUAAGACAAGCUAAUUAACACAUUAAGAAUACUAUGAAUUACAAUAAAACUGGAUAAAACGUUUGACUUAAUGGUUUUCAUUCACAGUUUUACUGGUUAAGGUUUACACAGUACUGGAUCCAGAUUUGACACUUAGGUUAUUUGGAAGUGUAUAGACUGGAAACUAUCAAACAGUGAAGUUUCACCUGCAGGCUGAUCACAUGCAGAUCUGAAGAAUACGACCUCAGUCUUUUAAACAUCUAUUUGUAGGUAAUUAUGUUGGAAUCUGGUCACUUAGAAAAAACACACAUUAGUGUUUUGUGUGUUGCCUGUGAUCGCACAGCAGUGUGUACAGACUGUGUGACAUCUAACAAAGUGUGUAUGUUCAUUUCCCAGCUGGUCAUUAGUGUGUUUCUGUUCAUACUUUUUGCAGAUGAUAAACUGUUGGACAUUUACUAACACUGAUCUUUAACUCUGCAGUAAUCUAACACUGCAAUAAUCUGUAACACUGCAGCAAUCUGUAACACUGCAGUAAUCUAACACUGCACUAAUCCACCCCUGCAGUAAUCUGUAAAACUGCAGAAAUCUGUAACACUGCAUUAAUAUAACACUGCAGUAAUCUAACACUGCAGUAAUCUGUAACACUGCAGAAAUCUGUUACACUGCAGUAAUGUAACACUGCAGCAAUCUGUAUCACUGCAGUAAUCUGUUACACAGCAUUAAUAUAACACUGCAGUAAUCUAACAUUGCAGUAAUCUGUAGCACUGCAGUAAUCUAACACUGCAGUAAUUGAACAUUGCAGUAAUCGGACACUGCAGUAAUCUGUAACACUGCAGUAAUCGGACACUGCAGUAAUUUGUUACACUGCAGUAAUCUAACAAGUAGUAAUCUGUAACACUAGUAAUCUGUUACACCGCAGUAAUCUGAAACACUGCAGAAAUCUAACACUGCAGUAAUCUGUUUCACUUCAGUAAUCUAACACUGCAGUAAUCUAAUACUGCACUUAUCUGUAACACUGCAGUAAUCUAAUACUGCAGUAAUCUUACAGUGCAGUAAUCCAGCACUACAGUAAUCUGUUACAGUGCAGUAAUCUAACACUGCAGUCAUGUGAAACACUGCAGUUAUCUGUAACACUGCAGUAAUCUAACACUGCAGUCAUGUGAAACACUGCAGUUAUCUGUAACUCUGCAGUAAUCUAACACUGCAGUUAUCUGUAACUCUGCAGUAAUCUAACACUGCAGUUAUCUGUCACUCUGCAGUAAUCUAACACUGCAGUUAUCUGUAAUACUGCAGUAAUCUAACACUGCAGUUAUCUGUAAUACUGCAGUAAUCUAACACUGCAGUCAUGUGAAACACUGCAGUUAUCUGUAACACUGUAGUAAUCUAGCACUGCGGAAAUCUAACACUGCAGUAAUUCUUAACACUACAGUUAUCUGUAACACUGCAGUAAUCUAACACUGCAGUCAUGUGAAACACUGCAGUUAUCUGUAACACUGCAGUAAUCUAACACUGCAGUUAUCUGUAAUACUGCAGUAAUCUAACACUGCAGUCAUGUGAAACACUGCAGUUAUCUGUAACACUGUAGUAAUCUAGCACUGCAGAAAUCUAACACUGCAGUAAUUCUUAACACUACAGUUAUCUGUAACACUGCAGUAAUCUAGCACUGCAGAAAUCUAACACUGCAGUAAUCCUUAACACUACAGUUAUCUGUAACUCUGCAGUAAUCUAACACUGCAGUCAUGUGAAACACUGCAGUUAUCUGUAACACUGCAGUAAUCUAGCACUGCAGAAAUCUAACACUGCAGUAAUCCUUAACACUACAGUUAUCUGUAACACUGCAGUAAUCUAACACUGCAGUAUGCAGUAAUCCUUAACACUACAGUAAUCUGUAACACUGCAGUAAUCUAACACUGCAGUCAUGUGAAACACUGCAGUUAUCUGUAACACUGCAGUAAUCUAACACUGCAGUUAUGUGAAACGUUGCAGUUAUCUGUAACACUGCAGUAAUCUAACACUGCAGUAAUCUGUAACACUGCAGUAAUCUAACACUGCAGUUAUCUGUAACACUGCAGUAAUCUAAUACUGCAGAAAUCUAACACUGCAGUAAUCUAGCACUGCAGUUAUCUGUAACACUGCAGUAAUCUAACACUGCAGUUAUCUGUAACGCUGCAGUAAUCCUAAACACUACAGUUCUCUGUAACACUGCAGUUAUCUGUAACACUGCAGAAAUCUAACACUGCAGUAAUCUAACACUGCAGUUAUCUGUAACACUGCAGUAAUUUAACACUGCAGUUAUCUGUAACACUGCAGUAAUCCUUGACACUGCAGUUAUCUGUAACACUGCAGAAAUCUAACACUGCAGUAAUUUGUACAUAAUGAAAGCCAUGUGCACACUACAGAUCUGUACACCCCUCUAGUUUAACAGCAGACUGAUGAACAGCUUUAAAGACAGAUCUAUUUUGUCUGUUUUCUUUUUCACUGCAGCAGUUUAAUAUUAUUAUUAUCUUAGCAUCUUGACAUCGACGUCUUCUGUGUUGAUCUUUUCCUGACUUUGGAGACUUUUUUUUCCUUUUUUAGAUUCUCAACCAAUCUGAGUAAAAUGUUUUAAUAUGUAACUCUGAGAAAAAUGUUUUUUAACCAACCUGAGAGAGUCUGAAAAGUUUCAAUCCUUCACAGACGGGCUGAAACUUUGAAUGAAACAUCGGUGUUGAUGAUUUGAAUGGACCAUAGUCUGUGUUAGAUUCAAAUAUAUAUAUAUAUAUAUAUAUAUUAUUUAAGACGUAGAACAGGUGUAUGCAUCGUUCCAUCUAAAUGAAAAACAUGAAGUAAUAUUAAAUUAUCCAUUGAUCGUAACAUUAUUUAAUAAAAUUACAUCACAUUGAAAUACGACUAUGAAAGGUAAAGAGUGAAUCACCACGCCUCCUGCAGAGCGCCGGUUAUCGUUUAUAAAACACCUAAAUAUCAGACAGCUGUGUGAGGAAACACAUAACUCAGUUCUUCUUCAUGCAGACUUUGGAGCUUCACUUCCUUUGUGUGAUCAGCGGAAGCGGAAGCUUGUGUUCAGUGUGUGUUCAUGUUUGAGACUCACUCUGAUCUCAUUCUCGUUCUGGACAGCAUUUGUGGACGUUUACAGUCGGCCUGUGUUGAAUUUAAACUUGUGAGCUCUGACCUGCAGACGGUUGGAAAUGUAGUUCUCAAACGUGUCAUGUCAGGUAGAAGUAACCGUUCAAGUGCCAUUAAAUGUUUUCAUGAUGCUCACUUGGUUUAGAGUAUUUACUGUUAUUUUGUAGUUCAGGAUUUAGGGUUUCUGCACAUGUGCAGGUGUCUCUCACACACACACAGAACACAGUUACGUAAACAGGUGGUUGUUAGAAGGGAUGUUUCUGAUGUAACGGUGAACCUGUGAUCAGGUGGAGGUUGUGUCAUUCCAAACAGCUCUUAGUGCAGAUGUAAUUCAUGGUGGCUGACACGAGACUUUAACAAACAUCCGAAUCAUUUAAAAUUCAGAUAUAUUUUGAGUCUUUGAUGUCAAACUUUGGGGGUGUACAAACUGUUUCACUUCACUCUGUACAUGAAUCACUCUUAUGCACUCUUAAGCCAAACAGAAAUGUACACUAUGUAACCAAUGACUGUUCAAUGAUUAAAGAUGAUUGACACCACG